AUGCCUCCCAAACGGAAAUCUAUUGGUCGAUCUACAUCAGAAGCGAGAACAAAGAGGGCAAUACGUGCUUCUGAAACAGACGAACAGCGAGAAUCAAGAUUGGAAUCCAUUCGGGUAGGCACUGCUCAAACCCGCUCAAAUGAAACAGAACAACAACAUGAAUCAAGAUUGGAAACAGUUCGAUUACGUACUGCUCAAGCCCGCUCAAAUGAAACAGAAGAGCAACGUGAAUCAAGAUUAGAAUCCAAUCGGGUAGGCACUGCUCAAACCCGCUCAAAUGAAACAGAACAACAACAUGAAUCAAGAUUGGAAACAGUUCGAUUACGUACUGCUCAAGCCCGCUCAAAUGAAACAGAAGAGCAACGUGAAUCAAGAUUAGAAUCCAAUCGGGUAGGCACUGCUCAAACCCGCUCAAAUGAAACAGAACAACAACAUGAAUCAAGAUUGGAAACAGUUCGAUUACGUACUGCUCAAGCCCGCUCAAAUGAAACAGAAGAGCAACGUGAAUCAAGAUUAGAAUCCAAUCGGGUAGGCACUGCUCAAACCCGCUCAAAUGAAACAGAACAACAACAUGAAUCAAGAUUGGAAACAGAUCGAUUACGUACUGCUCAAGCCCGCUCAAAUGAAACAGAAGAGCAACGUGCAUCAAGAUUAGAAUCCAAUCGGGUAGGCACUGCUCAAACCCGCUCAAAUGAAACAGAACAACAACAUGAAUCAAGAUUGGAAACAGAUCGAUUACGUACUGCUCAAGCCCGCUCAAAUGAAACAGAAGAGCAACGUGCAUCAAGAUUAGAAUCCAAUCGGGUAGGCACUGCUCAAACCCGCUCAAAUGAAACAGAACAACAACAUGAAUCAAGAUUGGAAACAGUUCGAUUACGUACUGCUCAAGCCCGCUCAAAUGAAACAGAAGAGCAACGUGAAUCAAGAUUAGAAUCCAAUCGGGUAGGCACUGCUCAAACCCGCUCAAAUGAAACAGAACAACAACAUGAAUCAAGAUUGGAAACAGUUCGAUUACGUACUGCUCAAGCCCGCUCAAAUGAAACAGGAGAUCAACGGAGAGAAAGACUGGGAACCAGUCGAGAACGCAAUUUUCAAAACAGACGGACACUGCAUGCAGAUCUGAACCUCUCUGCAUUCAGUUAUGAUCCUGAUUUUGAUUACAGUCUUCAUCGAGGUGUCGCUAUCGGAAAAAUGGACAAAGUGUGCGAAUUUUGCUAUGCGUUAAAAUUUAAGAAUGAAACGCCUGGAAUGUGCUGCGCAAGUGGAAAAGUGAAACUACCAGAACUGCAUUUACCACCCGAACUAUUAUCAACUUUGGUAUCAGGUGAAACAAGCCAGUCGAAACAUUUCUUGGAAAACAUACGUAGGUACAAUUCAUCUUUCCAAAUGACGUCAUUCGGUGCAUCAGCAAUCAUUCGUGACAAUUACAUGCCAACCUUCAAAAUGCAAGACCAAAUAUAUCAUCGGGUUGGAUCACUUUUACCAUUGGAAGAUGCAGAUCACAAAUUUCUCCAAAUUUACUUCAUGGGAAGCCCUGCUGAGCAAGUCAAAAAGCGUUGUCUAUUCAAUACCAGUACUAACCAAGAAAUAAUAGCUGCUGUACAAGCUAUGUUUGAUCAACACAACGAACUGGUUCGGCUAUUCAGGACGGCGCUUGACAGAAUGCCAGCUGAUGAAUAUGCUGUUGUAAUUAGAGCUGACAAAACACCAGUCGGUCAGCAUGAAAGACAAUAUAAUGCACCAACUUUAAAUGAAGUCGCGAUUGUCAUAGCCGGCGAAGAAUUCAACUCGCGUGAUAUUAUUUUUCAUCGCAGAAAUGGUAAUGUUCAGCGAGUCUGUGAAACGCAUCGGUCUUAUGAUGCUUUACAAUACCCCAUAAUAUUUUGGCAAGGGGAAGAUGGGUAUCAUUUCAAUAUCAAAAUGAUAAAUCCAGAAACAAAUGAGGAGAUAAAUAAAAAAGUUAGUGCUAUGAAGUACUAUGCUUAUCGACUGAUGAUUCGUGAAAAUCAAGAGAAUCACAUUUUAAAAUGUCGGCAACUGUUCCAUCAGUACAUUGUCGACAUGUACGCUAAAAUUGAGAGCGAACGGCUUCUGUUUAUUCGACUGAAUCAAACCAAACUGCGCUCAGAAGAGUACAUCCAUCUGCGUGACGCGAUUACUACCGAUGCCAAUCCCAAUGAUAUUGGGAAAAUGGUCAUUUUGCCAGCUACAUUCACAGGAAGCCCACGGCACUUACACGAGUACGCGCAGGAUGCGAUGACCUAUGUUCGCAACUACGGCCGAGUCAAAAAAUGA